AUGGUAUUAGCUAAGCAAUGGGUUUUGAAAAACCUACCAAUUCCUGGUCAACCAUUCAAUUUUGACUUUACCGACCCUGAAUGUACUUUUGAGCUUGUUGAAAAAGAAAUUUCUCCAGAGCAGUUAAAGGUUGGUGAACUGUUACUAGAAACAAAUUAUCUAUCUAAUGAUCCUGCCCAGAAAUUUUGGAUUUCAUCACGAGACAAAAAUUAUGCCAAAGGUGUCCAACCUGGUGAAAUCAUUCCCGCAAGAGGGAUUGGUAAAGUCUUGGCCUCAAACAACGAAGCUUUUUCACCCGGCGACUAUGUCUCUGCGCUAACUGGCUGGACUACUCACGUCAUUAUCUCGCAAGAAAAUGUUAAACAAUUAAGAAAGCUUGAUAAAAACAAAGUUGGGAGACUUUGGUGGUACCUAUCCGUGUUAGGUGGCACUUCUUUAACAGCGUAUUUUAUUUUUUUCAACUAUGCUCGACUACAAGAAAGGGAAGAAGACUAUGGAAAAGUGUAUUUAAUUUCUGGUGCAGCUGGUGCAGUUGGUACUGUUUGCAUUCAACUGGCUUUGAAUGUCUUUAAAGCUUCGAAGGUUAUUGCUAUUGCUGGUGGUCCAGAAAAAGUUGCUUUCGUUGAAUCCUUUGGGGACAAAGUGGUCGGAGUUGAUUAUAAAGAUCCAGACUUCGAACAGAAACUUAUCGAAGCUGCCGGCGGUGAGAAUACUGUAGAUUUCUUUAUCGAUAAUGUUGGUGGUAAUGUGCUGGAAGCUGGUGUUCUGCUUCUAAAGCAAAGUGCUAUGUUAAUAGCCUGUGGUGCUAUUAGUGCUUACAAUGAUCCAUCCAAGUUUGUAUUUAAGGGAUACAGCUACAUUCUGACCAAGCGAUUGAUUGUUAAAGGGGUGCUAGUGACGGAUCAUAUCGAUGAAUUUCCAAAGGCGUUAGAUAGAUUGAGUUCUUUAGUCAAGUAUGGUCAAAUUAGUCUGCUAAAUUCGGCCACACUCGAGGAUGGUACUGGUGAUAAGUUCAAGAAUGUGCCCUUGAUAUGGAAAGGCCUCUUCAGUGGUGCCAAUUUAGGAAAGCUUAUUACUGAAGUCAAGAAAGACGAAUGA